AUGCCUCCUCGCCUAUUCCAGCAUCGCACAUCAGCCAUUAGUUUCCUCCUCAUCUUCCUCGCUUCCACCAUCAUCACCGCUGCGAAUUGUUUCCUCCCGGUCUACUUCCAAGCUGUGAACCAAGCAUCCCCGCUCGAUUCAAGUAUCUACUAUCUCUCAUUCGCGCUGGCCAUCAUCCCAGUUGGCGGGCUCAGCGCAGCAUUUAUAUCGAAACCCGGUCUUUAUAUCUCUCUCCACGCAAUCGGCUUCGCACUCUCGCCAUCGGAGCCGAACUCCUCUCAACGCUACCGCAACCUCCAACCGCGGUUCUUGGAUCGGAUAUCAAAUCAUCACACCAGCGACGCAGGUUAA